CUCCACUCCGCCGACGCCAUGCGCCGCCACUGUGAGGCCCGCCACUGUGAGCCCCGCGAGCCCCGCCAUGGGACCGUACGACGAGCACAGCUACCGCGACGACGACAGCGACCUGGAGGCCCCUGAGGUGGGCCGCCUCCAGGGCCGCGGCGGGCCCUCGCGCCCCUCCUGCAAGCGUGGCCCCCGCACCGGCGGCUGCCCCGGCCGAGGCGUCUGGCGGUGCGAGACCACGACGUCGAGGCUGGUGCGCCUGGCCGCCGUCUGCCUGCUGUGCCCCGGGGUGCUGCUGGGGUGGCCGCUGUACAUGCGCUACGUCGUGCUCCGGGACCUGGCGCUGCCGCUCACGCCCUCCGACAUGAGGGUCCUGGACCUGCAGGUGUCCUCCACCUGGUGCCAGGCCCAGGUGGUGCGCGCCAACGCCAGCUUCAACGCGUGGAUGGUGGAGGGCAGCCCGCGCCGGGGACGCCGUCAGCGCGUGUCCCUGACGCGCGACAUCUCGCUCGACGACGACACCAAGGAGUACUGGGGCUUCUACCUGCUGGAGGGCUCGUCCGUGACCGUGUCGCCGUGUGUGCGCUGGCCCGGCGUCUCGCUGGUGGUCAUCAAGGGCUACGACCACCUGCUGCAGUGCGCCUACAUCGGGGACGACUCGUCGGAGGAGGCGGAGGAGGUGCGGCGCGCGGCGCUGCGGGCGCAGCUGGAGCAGAGUCGCCGCUACCGGCCGCCGACGGGUCCUUCCAGUCCGCCACCCGGAGCUGACGGCGACGCGCCCGGCCCUGAGGCAGGGGUGUCGCCGGUUGACGGCGUGCCCGGGACCGCGGCCAGGACAGCGAGUCCCGGACCGGCCGCGCCGACGACGCCGAAGCAGCGCUCCAACCAGCCGCGCCGCAUGCAGCUCGUCAAGGAGACGGCCGUCGAGUUCCACGAGAAGGCGCGCCCGCCGCCCAAGGUGUUCUACAAGCUGGACGGCCUCGAGGACCACGCCGACGAGGACAGCGCCGUGCCCGGCGCCUCGGCCGAGGUGGCGCGCGGCAUGCUCGAGCGGCUGCGAGCCAUGGGGGCGACGGGGCGCCGCGCGCUGGACCACCUUCGCAGCGCCAGGCUCAGCAGGGAGCUGGGCCGCAGCGACGAUAACACGGCGGCAGAGGAGCAGCCCGACGCCCAGCCCGACGACAACGACGCCCAGCGCGACGACGAGGUGGCGAACCGCGCGCCGCUCCCCGGCGAGGACGUCCGCGGCUGGGUCAACGAGACCACCAGCCUGGACGAGUCGCACUCGGAGCUGUGGUCGUCCUUCAGCUCGUCGGAGGAGGCGCUGCUCGGCUGCAAGGGCCUGGUGCUCAACCUGCCGCUCACCCCGCACCGCCAGUGCCAGCGCAAGCGCGCCGUCGCCGACCUGCAUCUGGCCGCCGCGCCCAACGUCAUCACCUACAGGGUGCCGUCCGACGGGCACUACUUCUUCGUGCUGGGCAGCGAGAACGAGGUGCAGACCAACUUCGUGCGCGUGCGCUUCGACCUGGACAAGGUGGUGUACGACGUGGACGCCCCCGUGGCGCGGUGCGCCUCCAACUCCAGCGACUCGGGGUCGUGCUCGCUGCCGCUCCGGUUCCUGUCGGACGACACCCUCGUCCUGGAGGUGCCCGUGGCGCCCGGCGAGGGGGCGGGGACGUCGCCGUCCUCGACGCCGCAACUGCUGCUCGGCGCGCCCCACCACCAGGACCACGGCCACGACCACGUGGUGGCCGUGUCCACGUGCGAGCCCCGCACCGCCCUCUACGUCAUGUGCAUCAUCGCGCUGCCCGCCAUCAUCCUGGCCUGCGCCUUCUGACGCCGCGCCAGCGGGCUAGAGGCCUAUACACUAUAUAAGUAUUUAGGCCUCUACAGAGGGCGCGCCCCCGCCCAGCCGGCCCAGCCCCCUAGUGUAAAUUUGCCUUGCAAUUCAAUACAUUAUUAUUUCUACCUCAAAAAUCGAGUCAGCUUCAGAGGUCUUGUGGGAAGAAGAAUAAGUCACGGACAUCGCUUUUCCUUUUUUUCGCAUCGUUUAUUUACGUUUAGUUGGCUGAAGGAGGAGUUGACAAGAAUAAGAAAGAAAUAUGCAUACUGCAUAGAGCACACAUUACCAAAACAGCCAAGUUUCUGCAUCACUCCCAACUUAACUCUAACAAAAGCAUAACAGUUCCAGUUUGAAGGUCAAAUAAUAAAUAAUCUAAAUCCAGUAAAAACCAUUACAAACCUAUUAUGAUGAAAAUGCUUAAGUUCUAACGACUAAAAUUUAAUGUACCUUACAUCGUAGUUCAUGUGCAGGCAUCAUGACAAACAAAAAAGAAAUCAAUCUUCAUCUUAUCACAGAAAAAAUAUUAAUGUCUUGACUUGCCUUCUCACAAAGCAGAACUAAUAGAAAGAAAAUAGAGUGUUUAAGUUGAAUCUCAAAGAGCAAACAACUUCCAAAUAGGGACCUGUUCACUUUUUUAUAUUAAAUUAAAUAAGUACUAUCUGAUGAAUCAAGGUGAGGACAUAUUUUAUCACAAAGACCAUUGAUUGUUGUCCCUAGGUAAGUAUAAUGUUUUUCUGCAGUAUUACUUAGAAUUGUGCAACCAGCAGGAGUAGAAAGCUGUUAAAACUUUGAGACUUCCAAACCUCAGAAGUACACAAAUUAUGCAUGUAAAGUUCUUUUUCCCGUUUCAAACAGUUAAUUAGCUAAUUUUGUAACCAUUCUCAUUCAAAGCGGUUUUAGAAUCAAUUUAAAAGUAUGAGGCACCAGAAUUGUUGGACUAUUUUACAAUUAGAUAAUAUUAAAGCCUGUGUUUUGGUGAAUAAUAAAUAACUUCAGAUUUGUUAGCUAGAAGGCUGCUGAACCUCUUCAUCAAAUUCAAAGGAGUUCCCAUCUUCAUCCUAGAAAAAGUAAGAACAUAAGAAAAUUAAUCUUGAUGGAAUAUAUGUGAAUGAAAAAGAAGUGAAUGCAUGAACAUACAACAACUUCAGGUGUAUCUCCUUCAAUAACUAUUUCUUCUGGGUCAGGAGCUCGUGGCAAAAAUUCCAGGUCUGGAUACAUCUUUUUGAAAAGGCGCUCAGCCUAAAAAAAACAAAUACCCCAUUUGUGGUAUAAUCCUGCCAUUUGACAUAGUAAGAAAUUUGUAAGCAAAAAGUGUUAUUUGUACACUAACUUGUUGCACAGAAAAUUCAAAGUCUAGCUCUAGAUCCGGUCCAGAGCAGAGGUGAACAUUUUCAGGAGCAUUGGGGCUGUAUGAGUUCUUGGACGUCUCAAGACAGUUAAAAUACAUUGACCAUAAUACUUGUGGUUUUGUACGGACAGUUGCUGCCUCAUCACCACUUCCAGAUGCUCCUUCAGAGUGAUGAUGAUGUGGAUCCUCAAUAGAAAAAAUUGUGUGUUAAUUAUUUUUUUCAGUAUAAUUUUUUUUUUAUUGCUCAGGUGAUUUUACGUAUAAUAAAUACCUGGCCAGAAGUUUGGGUGGAUCGAUUGUCAGUUGAUAUAUCAUAAUCACUGGGACUAACAUCCUCCUGCGUGAGAAGAAAGCUUGCAAUUUCUUGUAAGUCUUCUUUGGCUGAUUUACUCUGUUUACAGGUCAUAUGUACCAUGACUGAAAAAAGAGAAGUCAUUUAGAUUGUAUGUGAGAAGUUGCACAGUCAAAACAAAAAUUGUGAAUUAUUUUCCAAUACAAGAGCAAAACUACAACUCAGACAGACUUACAGAGUCCUUGAGGGCAGGCAUGGGUGGAUGGCCCCACCUCAAUCACAGUAACGGGGUUGGGAUGGGAUGGGCCCGGAGGGAACUGAAGGAACGUCAGUGGUUCUUUUUCAGACGGCAUAAUUGAUCUGGCAAAAAUUUUAAUAAAAUAUUAUUAUUAAU